AUGAACCUCGACCGUCUCCGCACAGUCCUCGUCAACAUCCAGACCUCCCAAGCCUUCAACGUUCCCAGCGCCAUCCCCGACACGGAACUGGCCGAAUGUCUCAUCCUGAUUGAUGAUAUGGAAGGGGAUCUAGUGGCUGCGAAGGACGCGGCAUUGGAUGCGGCGGGGAAGGAGAAAGAGAAUUUGAGGGAGGAGGUUGAGAUUUUGAGAUUUGAGAGGAAGCGGAUCUUGGGGGAGGGGAAGAAGGGUUGA